GAGGGAAGUGUUAAAGGAGUCAGGGCGUUACACCCCUGCUGAAAACUCUGAUCAGUCAAGGCUCUAGGCUGCUAACUUAAUUCUCUGUGAUCCGUACCUCAAGGAGACCUCACACAAGACUCGGAUAAUCAAUAAGUCUGCCAUACUUCUAGGUAUUUCUUAUUUCUUUUGAGACUCAUGAAAGCUUUUCUUACUUUUGGACAGCUCGGCUGAUUGUUUCUUCGUUCUGACAAUGGCCAAACAAGGAUCUGCCAAGAAAACUCCAAACAUUGAACUGUUUAUUAAGGCUAGUUUUGAUGGAGAGAACAUUGGAAACUGUCCAUUUUGCCAGCGUUUGUUCAUGGUUCUGUGGCUGAAAGGGGUUGAAUUUAAUGUGACAACAGUGGAUAUGAAAAAGAGGCCAAAGGAAUUGCGCCACCUCGCUCCAGGCACCAACCCACCAUUCCUUAUUUUCAAUGGAGAAUUAAAAACUGAUUUUAUCAAGAUUGAAGAGUUUCUUGAAGAGACUCUGGCUCCACCCAGGUACCCACAUCUCACGCCUCGCCUGCCAGAAUCAUAUGCCGCUGGCAGUGAUGUCUUUGCCAAAUUUUCAGCGUACAUCAAGAACACAAGUAAAGCUGCCAAUGAAAAAUUUGAGAAUGCUUUGCUGAAGGAGCUGAAAAGAUUGGACAAGUACCUGAAAGAACCCAUUCCUGAUGAAAUUGAUGCCAAUAGUACAGAGACGAUUGUUGGCUCCACGAGGAAAUACCUAGAUGGAAACAAGUUCACUUUGGCAGACUGCAACCUGUUACCUAAGCUUCAUAUCAUCAAGGUAACAUUCAAAUAUCAUUCUUCAAUGAACCAAAGUGGCUGCCAAGAAAUACCGGAAUUUUGAGAUUCCAAAGGAAAUGUCUGCACUCUGGCGUUAUCUGAAAUAUGCAAAUGAACGUAAAGAGUUCAACCAAACCUGCCCAUCCAAUGAGGAGAUUGAAAGGAUAUACGCUGACAUUGCCAAAGAAAUGCAAUGAAGAUAACUCACUCACCUCAUACUGCAGUCCCAUCAUCCAAUUCUAUUCCUCAAACAGAGAAGUGGCGGGGAAAUCUGUUUCACUUCCACGUGUUCACAAUGCAAAUCUAGCAAGACGCCGGUUAAAUAAGAUUUGUUACUCUGUGAUAUAAGCACUUAAUCUAUCCUGAUUCAAUUGAUAUGGUCCAUCCAAUCAUAAAAUUACUCUUUGGGAGAACGUGGUAGAUUCCGUUUGUUACAGAUCAAAACAUCACAAAAAAUAAAAAAAUAAAAAAAGGAUAGUAAUUGGCAUAGAGCUUGUAAUCUCCCUCCGUCAGUGUACGUAAAAGUGUACUUACCCUUAAAGUGUGUUUAUUUUCCUAUAAUUGGACCUUUUGAUCAUAAAACCACAUAUAUCCACUUUAUCAUGGGUAAAAUCCAAUUCUACUGCAUAGUGCAAUGUAGCACUGAUCAGAAAAAUACAUACUGAACUCGUCUAGCUGACUAUAAACAAAUUGCUGGGGAACUUUGCGGGUCAGGCAGCACUGGGUUGUGACUACAGUUGUCAGGAUGUCAUCUGUCCAUUUUUGCUCAAUAUACCAGCAUCUGCACUCUUAUGUAUCCCUCUUAAUAGGAGUUAGUAGUUCAUACAAUGUACAUUAAAACAAUCUUAUUCUCUGCUAAUUUGGGGCACAUUGGAGCUCCAUUAAUUUAUUGGAAUCAAUGCUUUUUUUUUUAAAUUGGAGAGAGAGCUGAGCCUGUCUUACUCACUAUCCAACUACCCUGUGUGCUAGAGAAAGCUUUUCUUUUUCACAGAAUGUGGAUAUAACGGCCAAUGCCAGCAUUAAUUGUCCAUCCUUAAUUGCCCCUCAACUGAGCGGUAGUUAAGACCCUCUGGAUUGGUCUGGAGUUACAUUCAGAACAGACCAUGUCAGGACACCAAAUGUUCUCCUCAAAGGAUAUUAAUGAAUUAGAUCCAACAAUAUUAAUGAAUGAGUCCAACUAUUACCUACCAGCCCCUGUCUCUACCCUUACCCCUCACCUACCCUCCCCCAACUGAUCACAUUUGCCAUAUCUUUUCUUUAUUUUUCCACCGAUCAACUACUGAUCUCAAUGUUUAUACAUCCUGCUGUUCCUCCCCCACUAGGCUUGAUGUCACCUCUCUACCUCUCUGUCCACCCCCCCUCCCCCCCCACUUCCGUACACUGACUACUUCCCUCCACUGCAAGGUCUUGACUCAAAACAUCAACCAUUCUGUCCCCUCCACAGAUACUGCUUGACCUGUGAAAUCUACCAUCAGUUUAUUUUUUGCUAGGUUUUAUUAGCAGUUGAAUUCCACACUUGCCGUCAUAAUGAGUAAUUUUUCUUUUAAUUCCAUACUUUGUUUUAAAAAUUGGACAUGAAAUUAAUUUACCCAGUUUCUAUAGCAUGAUUUAAACUCAUGACGAUGGAACAAGUGUCCAGAAUUCACUCCUAAUCGAGUAACUUGAAGCCAAUGUACACAAAACUAUCACUGCAUUUUUGCUCGUUGCUGGUAGCUUCAAAAUCAUACUUAAAUAGGCAUGAACUGAAGACAACUGAAUACACAAUUAAAUAACCUAUACUAAGAUUUCAGUAUAGUUCCCUCACAGUGUCAGUCUCAUACACUGACAUUUCAAUUCAUAUCCUCAAAAAUAAUGACACAAAUUGGAAAGACCAUAGUUAUGAUAAACAGGGCUUGCAAUUUCUCUUCACUAAUCUAACAUGGCAAUACAUCUUUGCCUACCCUUUACUUCCUCAGUUAGCAUUCUAAUGUCUGAUCAAGGCACAUUGUCAACAAACUAUGCACUUCAGAAUGUUGCCCAGGAGCAACAGAGGGUCAUCUUGAAAUAUUCUCCCCUUGUGAUAUGGCCACAUAAUGAAACUUGGGUCAGGUUUUCUUACCCUUCUAUCUCCAAACAGUGCUCCGUAUGUGAGAUGGUCAGACCCUAACUGAAUACUAAGUGGGGAUAUAGAGAGUGUCAGCCUUGGUCUCUCGCGCCUGUCCUAGCCAUCCAAACCCUCACGCUGGACUAACAGUAUCCUAACAGACAAGAUCAAAGGAUCACAAAACAGUAAAUCCAAUGAAAGCCUCAAAUUUGUAGGACUUAAAGUUUGCAUUUUCAACUUGCUUUUGACAUCCACAGUAUUUCAGAAUGUGUUUGUGUGAUCUCAAAUACAAGUCUGAGGAUGAUAAUGUUGUGAAUACAGCAAAAAUAAAAUUGCUUUGGGUUGAUACAUUGUCAGAUUAUCCUGAAAUAAGAUGUAUGUCUCCAGACCAGAAUAUGACAAGUAAUGCUAUCUUCAUGUUUUAUUAAGAAAUCAUUAAGAAAUCAUAUAUAAAUAAUCUUAACAAAUAUGUGAAUAUAUGAAAGUUCACCCAACUGUUAUGUGCAUGUCCAUUAAUAUAUCCCAGAAAAUAUAUUGCUUUAAUGUAAGUUUGAAACUAUGUCAUUGUUUUUUUGUUUACUUUCGAUAUCAUCUGAUAAAUGUAUAUGCUUUAGAUGUGCCAUUUUGUUAUGCUAGUUCAUCUUAUGCCCAUUUAUAGCCUGACUUUCUUUUGAAGUAAAUAUUUCCCAAUUCCAUUUCAGUGGCACGUGUGUUCUUAGUUAAUAUUCAAGCAUUCAUUGUUUGAAAGUGAGUGUGCAAGGGAGAAUGAGAAGGAAUGUGUGUGUGAUAAAUUUUGCUAAACAGAUUAAGGAGCAUUGAUACAAAUUUUCCACAUUAGUAACAACUAGUAACAACUUCCCAGUAAUAAUAUAGCUGGAAUAUAGUAGGACCUUAGGUUAAGCAGCAAAUUCUUGAGAAAUAUUUUCUAUCUUAUUGAAUUCCUUGUGCUGUGUACUGUGUCAUAUAUUUAGGAAAUGGAACUUUAAAUUUUCUUCUGGGAAGAAGUGUUUUAAAAGUAACUAUAAUGCAAUGACUUGUGGUAAUGGUACCUCAACUCUAUGAUGGAGCAAAGGAUCGUGUACCCAGAGACCUUUAUUUGUGUCCUUUGCUCCAUCAGAGUUGAGGUACCAUAUCCACAAGUCUUGCAUUAUAGUUACUUUGUUUUAAAGCCUUUCUUCCCAAUAGAAAUUUUAAAGUUUCAUCUCCUAAAUCAGAGUUGUAUUGUAAACUAUACCCCAGGGAGAGAACAUUGUGUUGAGCCAGUCACACUCAAAAUAGAAUACCAGUUAAUUUUCAGAAACUAAAUGUAGACCUUUAUUGCCACUUAGACUGUAAUUUAUUAAAAUUUUUAUUUAUCCUGGAAGAUGGUGAAGCAUUCUGUAGUCGAGAAAGACAAUCAAGUCACCCCAAUAAAACUCUGCAUUCUUUCAUAAGGAGCAACAUAACUGAUUUCUAUACAAAAGUAUUAUUUAUUGACAAUGCAUUAUCAAUAUUUAAUUACGAAAGUAUUUACACAUCCUCUGGGCUGCAGCCUCUCAUUGUAUAAAGACAGGAACUUUAUUGAGAGAUUAGCUCUGACACAGUGUGGCACUGAUGAUCAUGCAGUUGGACGUAUAGGUGAAAGUAUUGUCAGUCAGAAACACAGUACUUCCAAAAGCAAGCUGAUGAAAAAAACAAAAAAAACACAAUAAUCAUCCUUGCUUACAAUUGUGCAUUUAGGUAAAAGCUAAAA